CUGGCUGCCAACCGCGGAGCCAGAGGCACGGCAGCCGCAAGGCGCAUCUCAUCACGUACUACGAGCAUUCCCCCAUUCACCAGACACAAGCACGAUGAAGCCGCUCUUCCGCCCUGCCAAGCAAUCGUCGCCGCGCCAAAGUCUCUCGGCGCGACCACAAACAGCCGUCCUGGAUGUCCUCACGCAGCCGGAUCUGCUGGCACUCAUUGCCGCCUAUCAAGCCGGCACGUCGCGCGAGCUCGCUCGGAUCUUCAAAAAGUACCGGCAACAGCUCCACAAGCCCGAGUACGCCAUGGUCAACGGCGGCGACGCCAGCGAGUUCCGCUGCUUUGUGCUCUUCAAGCUCCUCUCGGACGGCAAGACCGCAGGCGUGCACCUGCUGUUGCGCGAGUUUCCCGACGGCUACAGCUGCCCCAAGAUGAAAGCUGCGGCCGACCUCUAUGCGAUUGACGCCGCGUGCCGCCUUGGCGACCUGGACGUUGUCAAGUUCCUCCAUGAACACCACUUGGGCUUGUGCAGCCAAGCCGCAAUGGACGCGGCGGCGUCGAGCGGCAGCCUCUCGAUUGUCAAGUACCUCCACCGCCACCGCGACGAAGGGUGCACUCCCCUUGCGCUCGCCCACGCCAAGCGCUUUGGGCACAUCAAGAUCUUCAACUACCUCGCCACGCACGUCGCAACCAACGAAACUCCGAUUCCGGAAAAGUCGGCGCUCACAGCCCGCGACACGGUGGCCGCCACGAGCGACUGCACCAUCCAAUAGGCAUCGUUCUUAGCUGCUUUUAUUUACCGUAUUUAUGCAAAAAGCCACAACUGCACACAUGAUUGUCGAUAGUCACAAAUUUGGAUUGGGGUGGAAACAACGUCUUUCUUUUGGCAUCGA